UGUGUGUAUUUAAAAGUUUGAAGGAAUUUCUCUGCUGUGGUAUACCAUAGCAAGGGAUGGUUUUCAGAUUUUAACACGAUGAAGGCAUUUGCAGCAGCUGUGCUUUUCAUCCUUUUGAUCACCCUGCAGUAUUCCCGUGCUGUGAGUCCGACAGACUGCAAAGCUACUGAGCCCCUGGCUGGCAAAGCUCUAGACCUGAUCAAUAAAGGACGUCGAAAUGGCUACCUUUUCCAGUUGCUGAGGGUCGCUGAUGCCCACUUGGACAAAGUGGACUCCAUAGCUGUCUAUUACUUAGUCUUAGAUGUGAAAGAAACAGGCUGCCCGGUCCAGUCCAGGAAACACUGGGAUGACUGUGAGGCAGCUAUUUCUAGACGUCCAUCCGAUAUAGUGAUUGGGCAAUGUAAGGUAAUAGCUACAACAUGCUUGAAUGAAUUUCAGGAUCUUAGAGUGAACGACUUCAACUGUACCACAAGCUCUGUCUUCUCUGCACUGGCCAACACUAAAGACAGCUCAGUACUGUCUGAUUUCUUUGAGGAUACUGAACUCUACAGAAAAGAAGCAGAGAAAGCCUUUGAGAAGUACAAAAUGGAAAAUAGUGACUUUGCCUCUUUCAGAGUGGACCAAGUGGAGAAAGUUGCAAGAGUGAGAGAAGGGGAAAGAACCAAUUACUAUCUGGACUUCUCUGUAAGGAACUGCUCUCAUCACCAUUUUCCCAGGCACCAUAAUGUUUUUGGGUUCUGCAGAUUAGAUUUGUCCUAUGAUGUAGGAACCUCUGACAUUGAAACUCCAGAGGAUAUGGUCAUAAACUGUGAAGUUUAUGACUUCAAACUUAAGGACCAUAGACACAUUGGUGAUGUACCACCCCACCUGGGGCCUCCUUUUUUCCACACUGGCAAGUUUCCAUUUAAGAACAAUGGGUCCAGAGAUUUCCGCCAUCCCCACAAGACACAUGAGCUUGGAUACCCACCUCCUCCAGAAGACGCAAAUCACUUAGACAGACCACCAUUUCCACCAGGACCUCCUCCACCAGGACCUCCUCCUCCAUGGCCUCCUUUAAGAUGUCAUCACUUCCAUUCUGGCAUCAAUAGAACCCACGUACACCCUCAUAAUCAUAGUUCCAGUGAGCAUCAUCCCCAAGGGCAUCCCCAUCCUCAUGGGCAUCCCCAUCCUCAUGGGCAUCCCCAUCCUCAUAGGCAUCCCCAUCCUCAUGGGCAUCCCCAUCCUCAUGGGCCUCAUCCUCAUGGACACCAUCCCCAUAGACACCAUCCCCAUGAGCAUGAUCCUCACAGACAUCAUCCCCAUGGACAUCGUCCUCAUGGGCACCCUCCCCAUGGCCAUGACUUUUAUGACCAUGGACCCUGUGACCCACCACCUCAUAGCCAAGGUCCCCAAGAUCACCAUCACAGGGGCCAUGGCCCACCACCUAGGCAUUCAGAAGAAAGAGGUCCAGGUAGAGGACCCCAUCCCUUCCAAUGGAGACAAAUUGGAUAUGUUAACCGACUCCCUCCAUUAAAGAAUGGUGAAGUUCUUCCUCUUCCUGAGGCCAAUUUUCCUAACUUCUCAUUGCCAAACAACAGCCAUCCUCUAAAGCCAGAAAUGCAGCCCUUCCCUCAGUCAGCCUCUGAAUCAUGUCCAGGGAUGUUUAAGAGGGAAUUUUCACAAGUCUCAAAGUUUUUUGCAUAUACAUUACCAAAGAAAAAUCUGAGUUCCUGGAAAAAUGAGUAAUGUUCUGAAUUAGAACAAUAAAUAAAAUAUAACCAGUAAUAAGUGCAUAAUUAGAAGUUAUUUUACCUUACUUUCAUAUUCAGGAUAGGACAAAAUGUGGGUGGGGAAGGUGAUGGCAUGAGAAGAGCAAGACAAAUGGAGAGAAGAAGGAAAAGCUUGGUGUGACAAAUCAGAAGUUAAUGCUCUCGGUGGCUACUACAACACUCAAGACAAAUCUCUAAUCCUCAGAAUUCUCUCCUUCUUGGACUGGACUCCUGAAAUGCUAGCAUCAUUCCUCUAUUAAUACUUAUUCUGUAGCUGGGCAUACCAAGAAACUAUACACUGUCAUAUAAAGGAUUAUUCUUAUAAAAAUGAUUCAAAUUCUCUCCUA